AUGGCGCUAGAAAACACGGAAGUACUCCCCUCCCAACCCACCCCAGAAGCUGAGCAUAGCGAUGUUGAGAAACAACGUGCCGCAAAUUCCGAAGAGGGAUCCCAACCAAAAUCUAUAUUUAAAGGACUGGGCAUUCUUGAUCGCUUCCUUGCUAUUUGGAUAUUGCUUGCCAUGGCCAUCGGGAUAAUCCUGGGGAACUUCUCGAACGCCAGCCCGGCAUUGCAGAAAGGAACCUUCGUCGGAGUUUCUAUUCCUAUCGCGGUUGGCCUCCUGGUGAUGAUGUAUCCCAUUCUAUGCAAAGUGCAAUACGAGACACUACAUCGAGCCUUCAAAACGCGGGAAAUCUGGAUCCAGAUAGGCUUUAGUAUUUUUGUGAAUUGGAUCAUUGCGCCUCUGCUCAUGCUAGCCUUAGCAUGGGCUUUCCUCCCCGACGAGCCUGAGCUAAGAGAAGGGUUAAUCUUGGUAGGAUUAGCCCGAUGUAUCGCAAUGGUAUUGAUCUGGACGGGUCUUGCUGGAGGCGAUAACGACUACUGCGCAAUCCUCGUCGCCAUCAACUCGUUACUGCAGAUCGUCCUCUUUGCGCCUCUUGCAGUUCUUUUUAUCAAGAUAAUCAGUCGUUCUCGUGAUCAAGUGAGCCUUUCCUACUCCGUCGUCGCCAAAAGUGUGGCCGUCUUUUUAGGUAUUCCCCUGGCAGCGGCUGUCGCUACACGGUUCCUCCUCCGGAAGCUCGCUGGGCCCAAAUGGUAUGACAACGUCUUCUUGAAAUGGGCCGGUCCGUGGUCCCUCAUCGGUCUCCUGUUCACAAUCAUCGUACUAUUUGCUUCACAGGGGAAGCAAGUAGUGCGUCAGAUUGUUUCUGUUGUCCGCGUUGCGGCUCCACUGUUGGUCUACUUUGUGGUGGUCUUCUUUUGCACUUUGGCCAUCACGCGCCGUCUGGGGUUUGGCUAUAAGCUUUCCGCGACGCAGAGCUUCACAGCGGCAAGCAAUAACUUCGAGCUCGCUAUUGCAGUAGCUGUCGCUACAUUCGGCGCACACAGCAACCAAGCUUUGGCAUCCACCGUGGGCCCAUUAAUAGAAGUCCCAGUUCUUUUGGGUUUGGUAUAUGUUGUGAAGUUGAUCGCAAAAAGAGUUGGAUGGAAGGAAUAG